CUCUUCCACCCCCCCCCCCCCCCCCCGGGCAACGGCGAGGACAUACAGACAAAGCGAUCGAAGGCGACAGCUGCGCGCGGACACCGCAGUCCCGCGCCGUCCCUCCGUCUCUCUCGUCACCCUCCCCCGGAAGAGGAGUGAGCUCGGCGAAGAUGUUCUCGGGAUCAGCAGUCGGCGGCGGAGACGGAGGCUGCUCUUCUCUGAGCGCGCUCGUCCCUAUUCUCGCUCUGGCCUGCUUCGACGGCGUUCUUGCUUUCGUCGCUUUCUCUCAGGUCAUUCGAAUUCAUUUGAGAAAUCAGGAAGCUGGAUGGACUCGCCAAAAAGUUCUUCAUCUAAUGCUUGGCUGCUCCAACUUUGGUUAUUUCAUAUUUUUUGCAUCGACAUUAGUUGCACAGUGUGAGAGGUGGCUGUGUUGGUCCAAAAUGUGUGGAUUCAUUUUCAUGGCCUAUCCGAAAAUUCUGUUCCUUGCUGCAUUUCUUUUACUCCUAUCCUUCUGGGUCGACCUUUGCCAUCAGGCGAAUGAUGAAGAGGAGGAUGGUGGUAAUGAUAACGAAGAAAACAGUAGCCAGCAGUCUUUGUUGGACUCAAAGGCUAAAUAUUCACCAAUCUCAGAAAGGCGAUGUAGAUGUUGUUCUUUUCAAAACAUCGAAGUUGGCAGCCGACAGAAGUUUGUAAUUGCGGUUGUUGCAGUUGUCUUUGUCCUAAUGCUAUGCUUCGCUGUGCUAAUCUGGAUAGGCACAGGGAAGAAUCCUAUUGAUUCUUUGUCAGUUGCUCAGGUCUACGUGCAUUUUUGCGCUGUAACAAGUUUAUUACUGGGUGGAGCUUUGGGUUACUAUGGUAUCCUCCUAUUUUUAGAACUGAGGAAAUUACGGUCCGAGAGGUCUUCAGCUGAUAUGUGGAAGGUCGGUGGCUUAGCGGUCGUCUCUGUUCUCUGCUUCACAUCAAGUGCUUUGAUAGCUCUUUUAACUGAUUCUCCUCUAUUCUAUAGCAUGCAUUUAUCGGAAAUAAAAGGAAUAAAGCUACCAGUUCUUCUGAUUUUCUACCAUUUUAUAGGUGUAACGGUGCCAUCAUCCUUUCUGUUAUGGGUAAUGAGAGAACUUCCGCGUCCAAUCACAUCCCCUUCUCAGGCUGAACAAACGGUGAUAACUUUCAUCAGUUAUGACCCUUCUAUCACGCAUAGUCCGAGACAGCAGGCUGCGGCAACUAGCUCAACAAACCAGGUGCUGAGAUAAACUCCUAUAUAGGCAUGCGUACUAUGGGUGUUUCAAAUAACAUGAUUUGAGCAGAAGCAAGGGCUAAAUGGCAUGCAAGACGAUAUCAUAUCAAGCUUCUGAGAGCAGUCCAGCAGCUCCAGCUCCGACUUUGUAUUUAAACAUGCAAAAGCAAGAGUGAUAGAUGGGCAGGCCUGCAGCUCGAAUGAUCAAGUUCCUACCAGUAGGUUUGGGAUAGCAUUUAUUUUUCUUCGUUUGUGCGGUACAUCUGCUAUGAGAUCUUAGAUGUAUGCGUAUGUUUAGGGAGAGAGCGAAGAUGUUUAUUUGAUUUGGAUUGCCUAUUGUUUUCAGUUGUAGGAGAUUUUACUUUUGUGCAGAUCAAACAGACCUUCGCUUAUCUUUCCUCAUGUUUAUUGGCAAUUGAAGUAGCGAUUAAUUUACGAGGAUGAAAGAGUUUGAAAUUAUACAGAUUGGAAUGAUCUCGUCUCCUCAUGAUCUGCUGUCAUUCGAGUUAUCUGUUUCUUUAGCAGUCAUCUGUGUGUUUGCGAAAGCAAUUCAUUGGUCCGAUUUGCUAGAAGAACAUGCUCUGUAUCGUGAGCCAGCGGUGAGGCACGGGCUCGACUAUGAGCAUAUUCAGCAUCGUGCUAGAUCGGAUUCUUGCACAGUUGCCUCAAGGUUUCGGCUUUAGUUUGCGCUAUAAUGUGGAUUCGGGUUGUGGAUUAUGUUGAGACAUCACAAAGAUGAAGUGGAGCCCAAUAGAUUGGCCGCUGCCAGACUCGGUUUGAAAUGAGGCUGGGACUGAACUGGGUUGACAUGGGUCAAUGCAGGACCAAUGCGUCAUAUAGUCGGGGCACUCGAUAUGAAUCACUGGUCAAGCAGUGGCAGAGUUAUAUUAAAAGAAUCGAAUGACGAACCAAUGUCGAGUACUUUUGAAAUACGUUGAGAGUCAAAUGUGUCCAAGAUUUCAUUGCCAACAUCUUUGGAAGAAGUAUGGCAAGCUAAAAAUAUUUGACGAUAAGUCUGCUGAGAUAUGUAAGAUUUUGUUUCCUUCGGUUUCCUCCGUAUCCAGGCAAAGGUGAGAGGAAUUGGUAUCU